CGGCCUCAACCAACGACCCACGCUUCCCGCGGAGACGACGAGACCCAUCGAUCGAUCGAUCCAGACGACGACGAGUCUUCUCAGCGCGGGCACACACACACACACAGAGCGCGCGGCGGUUGCCACCAUCGAGCAAAGCAAGAAGGAGGCCACCACACCGCCACGCUCGAUCGACUCCGUCUUCUUUCCCGGGCUUUUCUCCCCGGGACCCGAUCGACCUAUUCUUAGGCGCCCCGCCGAAGAAUACCGCGGCGCCCCGGGUUUCGCUCGCAGGGCUAUGGCCGCGGCCGCGACGUCGUCCACCACACCCGCGGCAACCACCCCCACCACCACCACCACCUGCUGCUCCUCGUCGUCAUCCUCAUUGUCGUCCUCCUCCGCCACCAGCCCCGGCCCGCACCGCAGGCGCCUCAACGACAUCGAGCGGGGCGACGACUGCUGCUGCGGAGGCGGCGACCCCUUCCUCGCCCUCGAGGAAGGCGAGGGCGCCCACGGCCACGGCGUCCCCUUGCUGGCCGCCGGCGCGGCCUGCGGCGGGAGGGCGUCGCUGUUGGCGCGGAGGAGGCGCGCCGCGUGGCACGCCUGGAUGAGGGCCGCCGUGCUGUGCCUGCUCGGCCUCGUCGCGGUCGUCGGCUUCCUGGGCUCCCAGUCGCAAGGCGGCCGGGGAGGUGGCGGCGGCGGCGGCGGCGCGGCCGGCGCCGACGGCGAGGAGGGCGGCAGGCUCGUGCAGAGGGUGGAGGUGGCCGACGCCGACGUCAUGGGGUGGACGGAGGAGAACUUGACGGCACUCACGCGCCGCCCGCCCGAUCCUCCGAUACCGGAGAUAUGGAUGAAGCCAGAUAGUGGGGGUUACAGCCAGUGCAUUGUACGCCCAAAGAAUCAGCGCAGUAAGUUUCUUGUUCUACCCUUCACCCCAUUUUUCUUCCAGCUUCAGCUCCGGCUCCGGCUAAUAUUCUCGCGCAUUGCAGGGACUGACAAUGCGACUGUCGGCUAUCUGAUUGUCGACGCAAACGGCGGGCUAAACCAGAUGAGAAUGGGGAUCAGUGAUAUGGUUGCAGUGGCAAAGAUCAUGAACGCGUCACUGGUAAUCCCCACUCUGGACCAUCAGUCAUUCUGGACUGAUCCAAGUGACUUCAAAGAUAUAUUCGACGUGGAUCACUUCAGAGAAACAUUGAAGGAGGACAUUGUGGUUGUAGAUUCCCUACCACCAGCUUAUAGGAGGGUGAAGCCCUACGCGAGAGCACCCACAUCCUGGUCCAGGGCUUCCUUUUACAGAGAUUUCUCAAAGAUACUGAAGAAGUACAAAGUAGUGAGAUUUACCCAUACGGAUUCACGGAUUGUCAACAACGGCCUCGCUCCUUCUCUCCAAAGGCUUCGAUGCCGUGCAAACUACAAAGCGCUUCAGUACAGGAAAGAGAUCGAAGAACUUGGUACUACCCUAGUUGAGAGACUCAAAAGGGGAUCGGACCAUUACAUCGCACUUCACUUAAGAUACGAGAAGGACAUGCUGGCUUUCACUGGCUGCAACCACAACCUGACACUUCAUGAGGCAGACGAGCUGACUGAUAUGCGACUCAAAGUGAGACACUGGAAGGAGAAGGAGAUCAACAGCGAGGAGAAGCGGCUCCAGGGCGGGUGUCCCAUGACGCCUCGCGAAGCUGCUGUGUUCCUCAAAGCCAUGGGAUAUCCUUCCAGCACGAAAAUUUACAUUGUGGCCGGUGAAAUUUACGGGGCACACAGCAUGGAUGCGCUGAAAGCAGAAUACCCAAACAUUUACACACACUACAGUCUAGCUACAGUAGAUGAACUAGAGCCGCUCGAGUUGUACCAGAACAGGCUAGCUGCUGUGGACUAUAUCGUGGCCCUGCAGAGCGAUGUCUUUGUGUACACCUACGACGGAAAUAUGGCCAGGGCAGUUCAGGGCCACCGAAGAUUCGAAGGUUUCAGAAAAACUAUAAACCCCGACAGGCUGAAGUUUGUAGAGCUCAUUGACAAACUCGACGAUGGUUCCAUGCCCUGGGAUGAAUUCCAAAGUGAAGUGAGGAAGCAUCAUGAGGAUAGACUUGGAGGUCCAUAUGACAGAUUACCUGGUGAGAGUCCAAGACAGGAGGAAUACUUCUACUCAAACCCUAUGCCUGGAUGCCUGUGCAAAAAGGUGCAGAGAGCAAAGUGAAGCAGGUUUAUCUCAAAGGGAAAUGGUUCGGUCUUCAGAGACGCUGCUGCUGGCUUGGCUGCAGGUGUAACACGGAUGGAGAUGACACUUCCUCCACAUGACAGGGGUGGCCAAAUAGAGAGGAUCCUAGUUAACUGACAGAGACCAGCCAUUUUGAGUUUGAUUAUUUCCUAGGCUGACUACACAUGUAGUUGAGGGCAUGGGGCCAAGAAGUGCAUUGCUGAGAGGAAACUUUUUCCAAUGGAAAGAUGGAACGAGCACAGAGAUGUCGAAGUACUUGAAGGAUCAUACCGACAAUUAUAUAGGAACAGCUAAAGUGAAAACACGUUAGGUCGAGGUCAUGCUCGUGAUGCUUCCAAUUCGUUGUAGCAGUGACAUUAAACACUGGGUGGGUUAGUAAGAAUAAUGUAUCAUGCUAUGUUUUCCGGCUGUAGAAAUCUGCUACCAGUGUAGACUGACAAUUGUCAAAAUACUUCUUAGUGUAGUUCAGAGCAAUAAAUUUUUUGUAAAUUUUA